AUGCUGGAAGGUAUUCGCGCGCAGCUACGCGUCCUGGCCCAGCCGUUAGCUGCGAAGAGCGGUCUACAGAAGAUACCGGACUACGCGGAUGUCAUCGUUUUCUCGACGCUCUUUUUUACGUUUGUGCAUCUCGUCUUGUCGCCUCUGCUGAGUAGCGCGCUAUUUCCAUCAUCAUAUGCCAAGGCUGGCAAGAGGGUGCAACAUAACUGGGAUAUACAUGUCGUCUCUCUGGUGCACGCGGUUGUUAUCAUAGUGUUGUCAGGUCGCUGCCUGAUGAUUCCUGCUCUGGAUGCGGACCGUGCCUUUGGAUGGGAUGACCAGGCAGGCUAUGUCAUUGCUAUCGCGUGCGGGUACUUCAUCUGGGACUUGGUUGAUUCUAUAGUGGAGUUUACAGACAUUGGUUUCGUUCUUCAUGGUUUCUCGUGUACUUUGAUAUAUGGGCUUGCAUUUAGACCGUUCUUGCAAUACUAUGGGCUUCGCUUUUUGUUCUGGGAAUUGAGUACUGUUUUCCUCAACAUUCACUGGUUCUUGGACAAGACCGGCCAGUCGGGUAGUCAGUUUCAGCUGCUCAAUGGCAUCUGCUUAUUGGCCACAUUCUUUUCCGUUCGGCUGAUCUGGGGCGGUAAAAUGUCAUUCGACUUUUGGCAUACACUGGGGGAUAUCUACAACCAGCUCCCUAUCAUAUAUUCUUUGGUGUACGGUGUUGGUAACGUCGUCCUGCAAUCGCUCAACUGGCUUUGGUUCACGAAGAUGAUUACUGCUCUUCGUAAGCGAUUCACUCAAACAACUGGACAUGCAAAUGAACACGCCAAUGGCAAUGGUCACAUCAAUGGUACCAAGAAGUCGAAGCUCAACUAG